CUUGCUUCAGUUUUGUACACAUGUUCGAGACGGCAAGACCACUUUUUCAGCGGAUCGCUCGUCGAACGUCGAAACUUUGUGCUGUCGAAACCCUUCGUGUUUGUUUGGGAUUUUUCGUUGGAAUAGUCGUAUUGCUCGAACGUCAGUGGUGAACGAAGAGGUGAUAAAACUUUUCUGCGACUGAAAAUGAGAAAGUGUCACCCGUUCGGGCGGGGUGAAAUCGUGCAACAAUCGACGGACCGCGCUCGGAUUGCGAGUGGAGGUCGAAGCCCGUUUUAAAUGUGCUAAUAGGCGAUUCCCGCCGAAAGUGGUUGUGCGCUCAAAAGUACAGAAAAAAAGAGAAGAAAUUUUUUUGUUUUCAAGUAAAGUGCAGUUAAAAAAAAAGAGCCACCGAAGUGCCUCCGGUAAAACAAACUUUGCGCCGUGGAAUGUGCGUACAAAUGACACGGAAUGACCAUGGGAGAAAAAACUUUAUGACCGUUGAUGGAAAAGAGGUGCAUGCCAAAGUGCGCGUGAUUUUGUGGGCCCGUUGUUCCGAUUGACCUGCGCAAGUGCUGCAACGUGAUGUGCUGGGAAGAUUCGAUCGUGCGAAAUUUGCGGACUCUCCGCAUCCGAUGAAAUCUCGCUUGUAUUUAAAUACGAACUCGUGCGCAGUUUGGACAUUGGGUGAAUAAACUCUAAUUUCUGUUUCGUCUUUGUGCUACCAAAGAAUAAAAAUGUCAAAUCACUGUUCCGUGAAACUGAGCUGAGAAGAACGAAGUGCAACUACUGCAAAUUGGACUGCACUGAUGAAGUGAACAACAGACGCAGAGAAACACGACGGAAAUCGAAGCAGAAACAAAAAAGCAGAAACGUUUUCGCAACUAGUAAUGGUUAUAAAAUGCACCGAAAAGUGGAGUAACUAGGUAAAUAGCAAAAGAAGUGACGGAAGAAGAAGAAAAAAAACCCCAGCAACAUCAGUAACAAAAGUGCAUGUCGUGAACUUGGUGAGGGGGGGGGCUAUGAAGAAAUUCAUCACGACCAAAUUGCACGCAUCGCCGGUUAAGGAGAACCUCCAUCACGAAGCAGACCCAGAAGAGCAACCAACAUCCGAAGAGGAAUCGGCACACAGCUCAGUAACAACCAUCGCCGGUGGCAACAUCGUGGAACCGAAAUCAGCGCCGUCAUUAUCACCAGCUCCGGUGGUGGUGGCGACGACGACGACGGUGGCGGUCACAGCCAUGACAUUGAAUUCCGUACCCGGUGCCGGUGCUAAGCGACUGCAACUCCACCAUCAGCAACAGCAACAGCAGAAGCAGCAGUCUUCCGAUGGCGGUGGUGGAACAGCGGUAGAACUACCGCCUACUUUGAUUCAGCCCAAAGAGCCCCAGCAGUCGAAGGUACAGCCGCAACAUGCCAUCAUUACUAUCAGCAAACCAAAGCCGCCGCAGCCGCCGGUGAUGAGCAGUUCGACCUCGACGGCCGCCCAGGUCAAGAUGUGCGGUUAUCUCAAGAAGAAGCGAAAUAAGAUGGGUGGCUGGCGGAAGAUGUACUUCAUCCUGCAGAACCAACUGCUGCUUUCCUACUCGUCGAAGGACGACUACGAGAAGAAGCUUGCCCCCUUCAAGGACAUCAUUAAUCUGGUCCCGGGGACGGUCAUCAUCCCGACCACCGGACCUCGCUUUACCAUCGAAACCAACUCCAAAGUGCUGUACACAUUUCGCUGCGAUGAUCAUAAAAGCUGUUCCGAGUGGAUAACCGCGCUGCUCGACAGUCUCAAAGGUGACGGAGGUGGCGGAAUCGGUGGCGAUAAAAGGUACAGCCGCGGAAGUCUGCACGGCGCUAGUAACCUGCAGCACCACCUGACCCACCGGUCGCUGUCCUCGCUGUCGUCGUCGUCCUCGUCGGCAUCGUCGACCGGCUCGGCCACUUGCCAUUACGCCACCGAUGACCCCUCGAAGAUGACCAUCACAUCGAUUCGAAGGUUACAACAGCACAACAUGCCACAUCUUCCGUUGAAUGCCGGCUCGGGAGGUCAGACUGGCAGUCGGCAGGAAACGCAUCGCCGACAGCAACACACCCAACAGCAGCAGGCAUCCCUAUCGGCACCGAACCUAUUCUAUGGAUUCGGGAGCAGCAUUAUUGGCAGUAGCAGUAGCAGUAGCACUGGUGGUGGCAGCAAUAGCAACCACGUGAAAGUUGGCAAAUUGGUGCAGCUGCCCAUUGCUAGCGGGACGGCACGGUUGCUGGAGCGCGGAGGGGCUAACAAUGGACAGAAAAAGUACAAGAUACUCACCAUCAACGAGGUGGACGAUGACGGGGAAAACGAUGAAAAACCAGCAACAACAACAACAACAGCAACGGUAGCAAAAGCAGUAGCAGUGGCGCGUGAUAUCAGUAACGGUAACAUCAGCCGAGGGGACCCAGGGAUCAAAGUGACGACCAAAACCAGUCAAAGCAGUGGCAGCGACAAGAACAACAACAACAACAACUUGAAGGAAGGACCAGACGCCGGUGAACGGGAGGAUAAGGGAAAGCACGUGAAAAGCAGCAGAUCAGUUGAUAGUCGUCCGGGCGGAGAACUGAAGCAGUACGGUGAGGGGAAAGUAACCACAGCCCUAGCCAACAACUUCCGACUGCACACCGAUCGGGCGAAAAUGCAUCAGUCCGUUGAGGUAUGCCGGAUCAACAGUAUGUUCAGUGACGGUGGUAGACUGCAGCCAACAACAACAACAACAACAGCAACACCGGUCGGACGAGGACAAAACAUUUCGUCAAACGGUGGGCCCAGUUUUGCAGCCAGCACCGGUGACCUGCGGCGCUUUGGCACCGGUAGUAGCGACGGCAGCGUACGCGUGAACAAUAACCGCGGAACUACCGGAGGCAGUGCAACGGAUCUGCGAUCUGUGACGACGAGAAUUGGGGGCGGACGGCCAGAUUUGCUACUGCCGGUGAUGAUGAUGGAGUCGAAACCGCUCACCGAUAUCAAUCACAACAAUCUUACCAAGUGGAGUGCGGAAAGUAUUACCAUCGCCUUAACGGAGAAUGGCUUCACGUUGGGUAGCGGCGCCGGAAGCGUCGGAGCUAGAAGUGUUGGCUCAACGGACACCCUUUAUCGGAAGGUAAAGUCGGAUUCAUCCACAGUGUCCCCUACAAAUUGUGUCCGCAGCAAUAGUCACUGUAGUGAUCUAAACAAAUCUAGUCAAAUGUACAGUAGUCGCACGGAGCUGAACCGUUCACCGGUUCGUCAACAGGGCUGUCGAUCGCCACCAAAAAGAAGUGCUUCGAGUGACCGAGCUGGAGUCGGCGGUGAGUAUUCGCUGCGAUCCGAACCGAUCUACGCGGUGGUUGACAUGAACCUGAAGAAGGCUAGACGGCUGCAUCAAUUCAGCUACGGUGUCAGAGAUGCUGAUCUAGUCGGAACGCAAUAUGCUCCGAUGCAGCCUUCAGAACAUAACAUCAAAGUGGAAAUGAUACGUGAUUUAGAAACUGGGCGACUUAAGGAGAGAACCAAUAUCGAUUGUCCGACAUCGCUAGCCAGUGGAAGUGGCCCACAGACGAGCAGCAACGAUUAUGAAGAACUGAGUGAUUUGACAAUCGAAAAUUUUGCUAGUUUUGGGGAUGAUUUGGACAAUGCCAACGACGAUGAGAACAUUUACGAACCGAUCAACAUUCCCGAACAUUCGUCCAACCAUUCAUCACCGCAGCCGACUGCCACCGGAUCCUCUCAGAUGAACAACCUGUGGCGUAAUUUGAAGAAAAUGAACAUCAAUCAGCUGAUCAAACGACCGGGAAGUCAACCGGAAGCGGCUCAUCUGCCAAACCAAAGAGAAGGAGACAUUGAAGGUGAAACCGUACCACAGAAGGGUUCAACAUUCAGUGAGUUGAGUAAAAAAUUCGAUCAUCAUCGACGUUCAAUUAAAAACCGAAUGCGAGUGUUGGUGGAUCGGCAUGGACAGCAGCCAGCUGCGACGGGUCCGACAAACGAUACGACAUCGUCGAAGCUGCUAACUCAAUCCGACGAGAAACUGCGCAAAACUUCCGACAGUCGACCGCUGUUUAGCACAUUCGGUCGGAACAAAAAGUCCCGAAAGUCCCUGUCGUUUGAUGAUUUUGUACCGAGGAAAAAACAUCACCCUCAGCACCUGGACGGAGUCGUGGUGGGUGUUAUCUGCAAAACGGAUAAGGUGAACGACGAACUGCAUCAGGAGCUAAAGCGCCAGUUGUCGAAACGAUCCGAUAGUAGUGACGGCAGCAGCAGCAGCAACAGUGGUCAGGAGAAUAAGAAUAGCAUAGAACUGUAGGUGUAAGUGUAAGAGUGUAAUUCUAUUUCAUUUGUCCAAUCGUUACUCAAUAAA